GCCACCGCUCCGCAGUUACCGUGCGGCGGCCGCCUGCGCACAGCGACCCCCGCCGGGUUGCGGCCGCUCGGGGCCGCGCGAGACUACGUCGCCGCCGCCGGGUCCGCGCCGUGCACCAUUGUGCUGCAAGGCGGUCAACACAGUAACUUAAGUCACCUCAGCCAUAAUGGAAAAGUAUGAGAAACUAGCCAAGAUUGGAGAGGGGUCCUACGGGGUUGUAUUCAAAUGCAGAAACAAAACCUCCGGACAAGUGGUAGCUAUUAAAAAAUUUGUGGAAUCCGAAGAUGAUCCUGUCAUUAAGAAAAUAGCACUAAGAGAAAUACGGAUGUUGAAGCAAUUAAAACACCCAAACCUUGUGAACCUCAUUGAGGUGUUCAGGAGAAAAAGGAAAAUGCAUUUAGUUUUUGAAUACUGUGAUCACACACUUUUAAACGAGCUGGAAAGAAACCCCAAAGGAGUUGCUGAUGGAAUGAUCAAAAGUAUAUUAUGGCAAACACUUCAAGCUCUUAAUUUCUGUCACAAACAUAACUGUAUUCACAGAGAUGUAAAACCUGAAAAUAUUCUAAUAACUAAGCAAGGAAUAAUCAAGAUCUGUGACUUUGGGUUUGCACGAAUUCUCAUUCCAGGAGAUGCCUACACUGAUUACGUCGCUACAAGAUGGUACCGAGCUCCUGAACUUCUGGUGGGAGACACGCAGUAUGGUUCCUCAGUAGACAUAUGGGCUACUGGUUGCGUUUUUGCAGAGCUUCUGACCGGCCAGCCACUGUGGCCUGGAAAAUCCGAUGUGGACCAGCUGUAUCUGAUCAUCAGAACACUGGGAAAACUAAUCCCAAGACACCAAUCUAUCUUCAAAAGUAACCAGUUUUUCCAUGGCAUCAGUAUUCCUGAACCAGAAGACAUGGAAACUCUUGAAGAAAAGUUUUCAGAAGCUCAUCCCAUGUCUUUGAAUUUCAUGAAGGAGUGUCUGAAGAUGAAUCCUGAUGACAGAUUAACCUGUGCCCAACUCCUGGAGAGCCCCUACUUUGAUUCUUUUCGAGAAGACCAAAUUAAAAGAAAAGCACGCAAUGAAGGAAGAAACAGAAGACGUCAGCAGAAUCAACUGUUGCCUCUCAUACCAGGAAGCCACAUCUCCCCCACACCUGAUGGAAGAAAACAAGUCCUCCAGUUAAAAUUUGAUCAUCUUCCAAACAUUUAGGAAAAUGUUCUUUCAAGUGGAAUGUAAUUUAAUACGUACACAUUUUUGUACAAGAGAGAUAGGAGUUCUCAGUGUUUCAAAUGCAAAUGAGCCAUAUGAAAAUUAAGAACCUUCUAGAAUUGUUUUGCUCUGAUCAUUACUGAUUCCUCUGCCUGUGCUUUUUACAUGCCAACUUUAUCUUUCAGAACAUUCCCUUUAAAUGUUAUAGAGUCUGAAACUGCACAUAUGGAGGAGACAUUUUCAAUUGCAUCAGAGCAGCCCCUUCAGAGGCAAUCAAGGUUGAGAAUUUGAGGGCUUGUGCUUUGAUUCCUGAAAGAGAUUUACAUAUGUCAUUUCGGUUUACCUGACCACAUGCUGUCUCAGAGCGUUAUCCAGAUAGCUUGCCUUGCUGUUGUUUGUGUAAGGAAUGACAUCAUGUUUCUUUUUUUCUCUUUUUUUUCAAUUUUUAAAACUACCUUUAAUGAGUUAUGUUCUACAUAUAAUAAACGUACUUAUGUUAAGUGCCGAACUUUUCCUUGGAUUUCAGCAAAAGUAUACACAUGCACAGCCUGACCAAAGGCAGAUAUAAAACAUGGUCAUCAAACUCAAAAUGUUCUCCACUGCCUUUUGUAGCAAGUCUUCCCAAGAUCACUGGCCCCAGACAG